CUUCCGGGUCGGAGCCAUGGCGGUGGCAAAUUCAAGCCCUGUCAACCCCGUGGUGUUCUUCGAUGUCAGCAUUGGCGGCCAGGAAGUUGGCCGCAUGAAGAUCGAGCUCUUUGCAGACGUUGUGCCUAAAACAGCCGAGAACUUUAGGCAGUUCUGCACGGGAGAAUUCAGAAAGGAUGGGGUUCCAAUAGGAUACAAAGGAAGCACCUUCCACAGGGUCAUAAAGGACUUCAUGAUCCAGGGUGGGGAUUUUGUUAAUGGAGAUGGUACUGGAGUUGCCAGUAUUUACCGAGGACCAUUUGCAGAUGAAAAUUUUAAGCUCAGGCACUCAGCUCCGGGCUUGCUUUCCAUGGCAAACAGUGGUCCCAGUACAAAUGGCUGCCAGUUCUUCAUCACCUGUUCUAAGUGUGACUGGCUGGAUGGGAAGCAUGUGGUGUUUGGAAAAAUCAUUGAUGGACUUCUAGUGAUGAGAAAAAUUGAGAAUGUUCCCACGGGCCCCAACAAUAAGCCCAAGCUGCCUGUGGUGAUCUCACAGUGUGGGGAGAUGUAG